AUUGCCGUUUAAUCACAAUGCAUUGUUAAUUUCCUGAUUUACAUUUCCAGUAUUUCAUAAAUAAACUUUUAUUAACUGAAAAUAGUUCGUUUUGACGAUAUAAUAUUAUACACACGUAUGACACUAUUCAAUCUUGGUAUUGCGCGACAUUGUCCGACAUGGCUCGACAUUAACUAGCCAUUGAUUUCUACCAGAUCAGCCAAAGAAAGUCCUUGAUCAAAGAAUUUUAUGGGUGUUAAACUGUGUUAGAAUUGCAAAGUAUAUAAAUCACAGCAUGUGCCACGAUUUCUCAUCGAGACAAGACAUUUUGGAGUAUGGUUCGAAGGGAUAGAAGAUUCUGUUAUAGGUACAACUUUAACUUGGAGCAGAUAAUCAUUUUACUAGAUGAUAUAUAUGCAUGAGACGAAUGAAAUGAUGCAUUACGGACCAUGGAUUCAUCAUCAAGCAAUGCUGGAUAAUCAUCCAUGUUAUAUUCCAUAUAUGGAAGUAAUGCCAUUCUACCAACAUCGUAAUCAAGAUCACCAUCAUCAGUUGGCUGAAGAGGAAAACGAGCAAGCUGGCGACGAGGUGCAUGAUACAAUGACACCUGCUACUUCUGGAGAACGUAGUUCUAGUGCAGACUUAUUUAGAUUAGAAUUUGCAGCAACUCAAUGGUCUAAGUUGGUUUCUAAUGCUGAAGGUCUGUUUACAAAGCUCAUGACAAGCAAUAUCUUGCCACAUACUGAUCAGGAUCAAAUUGAACAAUGGUUAUGCAUGAAACAAGAAUAUGAAGAAUGUAUAACCAGUGAUGACACUACCAGUUUGCAAGGAUACACGGAGAAUACAAGAAGAUCCUUGGAACGUAUUGAAGAAGUAACAGAAACUGAUGAAAAGACGGAUGAAUCUGCAAAUCAAAUGAAACUUAAGCUUAAUUCGAAUUGUACCUCUAGUUCAGAAAGCGAAUUAUCCGAAGUUGAUGAGGAUGAGGAUGAAGAUGAGGAAGAUCAAAGUGAUGCAAGCUCAGAAAAUCUAGAUUUUUUGGAGAAGCUAGAUGAGUAUAUGAACAAAUUCAAAAUAGAGACGGAUAGAAUUGUCGAUUCGAAAAAGGAUAAUUUUAGAGAAACAAAUAUUGAAAUUAUAUCUCCAAUGACAAGAUCUGUGAAUAAUAAUUACGUACCAGUCGUUCGUCCUGUACCAAUAAGAAAUCCAAAUUCCAGGAGAAACUCAAUGCUCCCAGGUUCUGACAUGUGUAAUGAAGUAUUAGCCUUCAAUGAUAGUUUGAAACCUUGCCAAAAUCAAAUCUUAGAUAAUCAUAUAUCGGAAUAUUCCAAUCCAUGCUUAUUGGAUAAUCGUGAAUCGGAAAUAAAUAUUAACGAUAAUUUUGUUGCGACACAAAAUGACAAUUCACCAGAUUUGUUACUUGAGGCACUUAAGACCGCAGAUAUACCUGAACCUAUCAAGGAAUUGCAAGCCCUAACGAUAAAUAAUGAAGCAAAGCAAACACAAGUAAAGAAAAUUCAAUCAAAUUUGGAUGGAGCACAUAAACGUAUCGAAGAACUACAAACGACCAUUAAAAUUAAACAACGUUUUAUAGCGGAUAUGAUAAAAAAUUCUGAUACACGCACCAACGCGAAACAAAAGUUUCAACGUAAACGUAGUAAAUUGGAAGAGGAAUAUUAUAACACAAGGACACAAUUGGCACAGGCAGAAAACGCUUCUAUGUACAAUCCUGAUGAAAAGACGGUACACAAGAGAGAAAUUGAAUUAAUGAAAAAUAUGGCAAUACAUUACGAAAAACGAUUGAUGGAUAUAGACAUGAUAAAGCAAAUCGCGGGUGAUUCGGCCAAGAAAGUUCUUGAAUUGGAAGCCUCGCUACACACAUCCAAGAAGCAGAUGGACAAAUUAAAGCGGCAGCUAAAAAGAGAAGAGGAGCGUAAAAAGCAGCUAGAAGAGGAACUUGCUAAGGAUCAGGUGAAAAUUCGCGAACUCGAGGAGAAGUAUAAUGUAACCGCUUCCAAAUUGAAGGAAAUGCAAUCGGAGAGCGAGGACGAGAGACAUAAUGCAAAAUCGAAAAUUGAUUGUUCAGAUAAGAAGAAGAACUUACUGGAAGUUAGCGCGAGAAUAUCCCAUCUCGAUCACGUUCUAAAAGAGAAAUCCAUGGAUUUGGAAAGAACCGCGGACAUGGACGAGAAGGAAGCGUUGCGGCACGAAAUUAGAAAUUUGAGGCACACUCGUGACUGUUUGGUGGACGAGAAAUGCGAUUUGGACGAGAAAUUUCAGAAAGAGAGAACUUUGACUACAGUCGAGGAACGUAAAUUGCUGGAAUGUGGCGAAACCAUUGAAGCUAUUGACGCAAUGAUCGAACACAAGAAUGAGAUGAUUUGUGGACGAAAAGACUUCGAUGAGAAUCAAUCUCAACGUGAGAAGGGUGAACGAAUGCUGAUGGAACGCUUGAAGAAACUCUCUCACGGUGAAAUAAUAACGUUGUUUAUGAAAUACUUCCGCAAGGUAAUCGACUUGAAAGAAAGCUCGAAGAAUCUGGAAGUACAGAUAACAGAGCUAGAGACUCACAUUGCGAAUCAAGAUUGGCGAUUGAUGGAGGCUGAGAGAAGAAUGGUUAUAAUGCAGAGGCAAUAUGAGGACAAGUUGCAUCAUGUAUAUCGGCACUUCGCGGAAGAGACAAGCAGCUCUGGCCACGAGAGAUUGGACAAAGAUUCCGAGCUCGUGAAGUACAAAAAAGAGAACAGAGCGUUGAAGAAACGAUUGGCGGACGUCGAAGCUCUUCUCAAGGGUACAACACCCCCGCGUAUAGCUAGUCCGUGCAGAAUUCCACAACAAGGAUUAAAACAGAUCGCGCCGAAUACUCGGUCGACAACCAAGGUAACGAGACAGCGGAAUAAAUUGAUAAUUCAAAAGACGACUGACUGCGAUAAAAGGAAAAAGUGAGUUGAGAAACAUUACAUUGGUUUUCAUCACAUAUUUGCAGCCUAUUCGUUCGAUACUUUCAUUGUACACAUUUAUCUCACAUUUUUGCACAGUAUCUCGUAACCAAUAUUAAAUGAUGACAGACUGCAUAAAAUUAAGUUUUGCUUAAUUAGCUAACUUAUUAUAAUAAUAGUAGUCUCAUAGUUUACAGAGAUCUUAAUGUGAUAAUUGUCUCACUACGUGAAGAUUUCACGUACUAUUCCUUUUUUAUACUUUGUUGUAGAAUAUAGAUUGGUACUUCACAAAACUCAAUUUAUAUUAGGUAUUCGUAGACAUCUGAAAAAUAAGUUUAACGAUAACUAUACUCGUCAAAAGAUUGAAAUUCAUGUCUAUAAAAAUAUGAAUUUACAGCAUGCUGAUUCAUGUUUUUGUAAUUAUUACACAUUGCGUAUAGUCAUAGUUCUAAGUUCGUAAUUUAAUAUCUAAAUACAAAUAUAUCCGAGAAUCUGUCAUUCGAAAAUGUAUUUGCAUGUUGCUCGUAAUACCGUGUUAUUAUUUCAGCGUUGAUCUAGCAAGUAAGUGUCGCGUUGACAAAAUAAUAAUCUACAGUAUUGAUUGCUUCGCUCUGAUUCUAUGCGACAAACUUUAGAGACUUACAGAGCCUUGUGCAAAUAGUAACGCUCAAUUAUAUUCAUUAAAUAGUAUUCAGCACUCGAAUUAAUUUUAGACAAUCUAACCAGCUUGUAAAUUAUGACGAGUGUAAUAAGAAAUUUCACCGUUGUGUACUUGAUAUUAAAUUAUCAAAAAUCUGGCUAUUGAAUAUAUCAAUUGCAAGUAAUUAGCAUUGAUUCUAGACUAGAAUAGAUUUCUUCAAUGACGAACUGCUCAACCAUUGUAUUUUCUGAACAUGGUCCACAUUGAUGCAACACGCAUAAUAUCUCGCUGCACCCCGCAAUUACUUACUCGACUAUUUAGUAUUAUUCGUGUAUUUGAAAGGAGCAUUCGAUGAACACUGAUCUCUGUAUUAUUAACUCUCGUACUAUUGAAACAUUUGUCAAAGAUAUACCGAAAAUUACAUUACUUGUGAUUUA